AGAAAUUUCACUACAGUUACGUUCCAUUGAUUUCAAUGCUGAUGAAAAACUAAUAGGCAUGGAGACCAGGGUAAAGGAUGCUGUAUCAUCUUUAGAAAUUGGUACUGAUGAUGUUCGUGUAAUCGGUAUCAAGGGGAUGGGAGGUGCUGGGAAGACAACUUUGGCCAGAGCGGUUUUUGAUCAAAUAUCCUUUCGGUUUGAAGCUAAAAGCUUUGUUGAGAAUGUUAGGGAAAAUUCAAAUACUUCUUUGUCUGGUUUGAAAUCGUUGCAAAAUCAAGUCCUUAAAGAUGUCUUAUUUGAUCAAGGCAUCAAUGUGAGUAGUGUGCAUGAUGGGAAAAUCAUGAUGAAGAAGAAGAUGUGUAAUAGAAAGGUUCUUGUUGUUCUAGAUGAUGUGGACCAUAUAGACCAGCUUGAGGCAUUAGCUGGUGAUCUUAAUUGGUUAAAACCGGGAAGUAGAAUUAUCAUUACAACAAGAGAUGAGCAGGUGCUCGUGGCACACCGGGUGAAGUUGAUUCUUGAUGUCAAUCUGUUAUCAGAGGAGGAGGCGAUUGGGCUCUUCAGUAGGUAUGCAUUUGGGGGAGAGAUUCCAAUUCAAGGGUAUGAAAAGCUAUCAGGAGAAGUUAUAUGCUAUGCUUCUGGUCUUCCCUUAACGAUAAAAGUUAUGCACUAG